GAGUGUUCAGUUGCGUAGCCAGUCACACGCAGGUACACAGGAUACUGAGGUUGAGUUAGAGACUGAGAGAGAAAGGACAAGAGAGAGAGAACAGCCACUGGUUGCUCACAGACACUCAGGCUUCCAAGGAGGGCACAGACAGCCUGCCCUGUGUGUGGCUCCUCUCAAGGCUUCACACCAUGUUAACCUCAGAAAGGUCACCAAAAAGCUCAGGGGUCAUUACAGCAGCACUGCCAGGGACCCAGGAUUUAGACAUGACAUCAUGGAGUGAGGCAGACUUUGAGGAGAAGUGCACUUACAUUGUGAUGGACCAACCUCUGGAAGAGGAUCCCAGAAACCAAGGGAAGACACAAGCUGAGAGGUCCUUACCCAGAAACCUUGCCCUGAAACGCCGCCACAACUCAGCAGAGGUGCUUGGGGUGACCAGUAAGGAGCUGAUUCCUAAGGGGACACGUUUUGGCCCUCUGGUGGGGGAAAGCUACACAAAUGAAACACUGCUGAAAGAUGCUAACAGGAAGUAUUUUUGGAGGGUCUUCGCAGACGGGCACUUACACCACAUCCUGGAUGCUUUGAAUGAGGAGCAGAGCAACUGGAUGCGUUACGUCAACCCAGCCUUUACUGCGGAGAAGCAGAACCUGGUGGCAUGUCAGAAUGGUUUGGAUAUCUACUUCUACACCAUCAAACCACUCAAACCAGGCCAGGAGCUUCUGGUGUGGUACUGCCCUGAAUUUGCCCAGCGCUGUAAUUACCUUCCACUGGGCCAACUGGCUAUUGACAGUGUUGAACAGAGUCAAGCUCAGAAGAAGACAACAGAAAAACGAGGGCACAGUGUCUCAGAAAUCCUCCAAAAUGAGCCUUCUAAAUCUCUGACUGCCUGUUCCAGACAUCCAGAAAGUCCUUUGUCUCAGACCUACCUCUCAGCAGUUUUUCCUCUGUGUCCUUGUGUUGUGUACCCAAUCCAGCCUCUCUCAGAAUCUAUCCACGGUAGUGGAUAUGCACAUUUAUCACAUCUGCCAUCCUGUAGCCCUCCAGCCGCCAAAAGGCCAGCUCUAAGUAGCCCUGUCCCCUCUAGUUUGCACUUUCAGCACAGUCAUGGCCCUGUCAUAGCAAAACCUUACCCAGAGCUCUCUCUGACUGAUCAUUCUGCUCUGAAGCACGCUCCCUAUCUCUUGCCUCCCUUCUCACUUGGCCUUAACAGCAUUCUACCUCAUUCAUACCCAUUCUACAGUGAUCAACUGAAACCUCACGUAACACUCCCAUCUCAUUUAUUGCCUUUUGAUGGCUAUGUACACCUCUUCCAUCCUCUAGCCAAUGGACACAAAGACUUGACCCUUGUACCAUCCAGUACCAAACAAGACCUCAUUCUUUCACCAACCAGUCAGGACCAAGACAACAAGGACCUCAUAUACAAAAGGACAAACUACCUCAGAAUCCCUUCAGAUGACUUGAGAGAUUUCAAAGACUCCCCUUCCAGCAAUGUCAACACAGACCUCUCUAUACCCGUCACAUCCAGUGCCCCAUCCAUGGUCACCUCACUGUACGGAGCACUGCCCUCUCUUGCACCUGGAGGAUGCUCACCACCAGUGGGCAUGCCCGCCUCCUCGGACUGCCUUCCUUCUAAGCCUACUUCAGCUGCUCAGAGCAAUACUGAAGAUGCAAUAAAUUGCAGGGAAACCAAACAAGAGGGGCAGAUAAUUGGAUACAAGACCUUGUCUUACCCUCUCACCAGGCAGAAUGGAAAGAUCCGGUAUGAGUGCAAUGUCUGUGGAAAGGUCUUUGGGCAGCUGUCCAACCUUAAGGUCCAUCUGCGAGUACACAGUGGAGAACGUCCCUUCAGAUGUGAAACCUGCAACAAGAACUUCACUCAACUAGCCCACCUGCAGAAACACUACUUGGUUCACACAGGAGAGAAGCCACAUGAAUGCAAGGUAUGCCAUAAGCGAUUCAGUAGCACAAGUAACUUGAAGACCCACCAGCGACUACACUCAGGAGAGAGGCCUUACCAGUGCAAGCUCUGCCCAGCCCGUUUUACUCAGUUCAUCCACCUCAAGCUCCACAAACGCCUCCACACUGGAGAACGACCUCAUCGGUGCCCCCACUGCCCCUGUGCCUAUCUCCACUACUACAGUCUUCAGGUGCACCUCCAAGGCUUCUGCCCUCUCUUGCCCUUGGCCUCCCAUGUACACUCGCCAGAGAAGCUACACCGAGUCAACUCUGAGAUCGAGAGGUUUGACAUGAGUGAGGAGGCAGAGCAGCUGGAAGCCAUGGCUGCAGAGGCUGAGCUGGACAAGGGAAAUAUUAUUGAUCUAAUACAGAAGAUGGAGUCUCACACCUCACACCAGCAUGAUGGUGCCAGAGAGGAGACUGAGCCGAACAGCUACAAAUCAGUAAAGGAGCAUUCUGAUGUUCAGCUGCAUCAUGGCCGCCCUCUACCUCUGCAUCGAACCAGAAUCAAGAUGGAAUCAGGCUGCAUAUCAAAGUCCUAAAACAGCAGUGCUAAUCCACUCAUAUAAUCCUUACAGGUCAACUCAGCGGCUGUUUGUUACUGCCCUAUUUGAAGUAAAGCCUUAUCUCAAUCAUGGAUUGCCUAGUUUGUAAAGAAUCAAGUGUUUACCCAUGUGGACUGGGACCAAUGAUUUAACAGAUUUAAUAUAUACACUAACAAUCAAAAGUGUGGACACACCUUCCUUUGAAUUGAAUGGGAAAGAAUGUUCAGACUUUUGACUGGUAGUGUAUAUCUUUAAUUUAUUGCCUUCUGCUAAUAUCAUUUUUAUAAUGUAUAUAAAAACAGAUUUGUUACAUUUUAUUCUAUUUGUUUUGUAUACCUGGAACAUCUUCUUGGAACAAUAACAUGUGAUUAUGCAUAAACAAAAUUUAGCUUUUAUUUGUGGUUUCAAUGUGCGAGAAGGAGUGUUUCUGUUUGUGUAUGCAGGCGUAUUUAUGUCUCCCAGUUAAAGUGAAAAUUGCUGUACAGGCAUGGUGUAAAUGAGCUAAGUGUUAAAGUAAUAACAGCUGUUUGUGUGGGGCUUAGAUACUUGUCUUUGUGUGAAUGCGUUGUGCUGGUGUGGGGAGUUGGUGACGUAGGAAAAUAUCCUGUUAUGAGUCUUAGGGUACUCAACAUCAGUAUGUGUUAAUCAGUCACCCUGGAAACAAAAAGAAAACAAACUCCAAAACACACACACAUGACAAAAUUAUCUAUAGCAAUAUGAUCCUGCCAUUAAUCUUGUAUGUACACCUCCAUAUUUCAGUAUCGGUAUUAAUCAGUUGGCAGACAAUAAACCCACAAGGGAUGACUCUACAGUUUAUUCUGAGAUAUAAAAACACAGAUGGUAGAUUAUUUCUGAGUAAUGCUUCUGUUAACUAAAACACAACAGUAAAAAUAGA